GGACCACCCGUGUUCGAGAUCUUCAUUCACUUCCUCGCACUUCAUUCUCAAAUGGCGGUUUUUUCGUGGACAAGGGCCCUGUCCCUCCUUUUGCUGUUUACCAGCCUUUGCAUGCCGAUCAAUGCGGUGCCACAGCCCAUUGCUGAACGCAGUUCCAAAUGCGAUAAAAGUUGCACGGCCGUACGGAAAGAAUGGGGCUCUCUGAGCAAAUCAGAACGCACAUCCUACAUCAACGCCGUGCUAUGCCUGCAAAAGCUGCCUUCAAAGAUCCCGGCAGGACUUGUGCCCGGCGCGAAAAGCAGAUUCGAUGAUUUUACCGCCACCCACAUCAAUCUGACAACAUCAAUCCAUCUUGACGGCAUCUUCCUCUCCUGGCAUCGCGAGUUUGUCUGGCUCUAUGAACAGGCCCUCCAAAACGAAUGCGGCUACAAAGGAACCCAACCAUACUGGAACUGGGCUCUGUGGAGCACUUCGCUGUCUACCAGCCCUCUGUUCGACGGAUCUUCUACCUCGCUCUCUGGCGAUGGGGAAUACAUCCCGGGUCGCGACCCGUACACCGUUGGCGGUGGUGGCACCCUCCCAGUUGGUACCGGCGGAGGCUGCGUUCUCAAGGGUCCCUUCAAGAACAUGAGUGUCAAUCUGGGUCCGUUUGACUUCAGCGUCGUCUUCAGCGGACUACCUUCCAACUGGACGGCAUACAACCCUCACUGCCUCACCCGGGAUCUGAACAACUACAUUGCGACCCGCUACGGCAACCAGACGGCCAUCAACACCCUCAUGGCCAAGAAGACGAUAGCCGACUUCCAAAAUACCAUGUCCGGCGCCGACAUCAACCUCGGUGUCCACGGUGGAGGGCAUUUUUCGUUGGGCCCGAGCUUGCUGGAUUUCUUCGCCAGCCCUUCCGAUCCAGCUUUCUGGUUGCACCAUGGCAUGAUCGACCGUGUCUGGACGCUUUGGCAGGCGGCGAACCCGAAUAAUAGGGUCACUGCUCUAGACGGGACGAGCACCAUCUUCAACGGCAACUCUACACCGAAUGUCACCUUGGACACGGUGAUGGAUUGGGGUUACCUGGGACCGGCCAAGAAAGUCCGAGACCUCGUCAGUGUCUCGGCAGGAGACUUCUGCUACACCUAUGCGUAGGGGGCCAUGACAAGUUUUGGAUUCUGCCUUUUUCGUCUCUUUUACAUAUAUACAUAUAAUUACUCCGCAGCAACGUCUACCAUGAGGAAAAAGCGAAUGAUGACAAAACGAAACGAAAAGUAUGGUUCAGCCACUUCCGAGCUUUGCCUUGCUGACACGCCAUCCUGCCACUUACUCACCUCCAGAAGCACUGGCAAAAUCAAGCAAGUGCGGUUCGCAUCGUGAGAUACUAUUGAGGAGGAAUGUACGUGUUCUGGUGCGUUGACCACCUACAGUAUGUUCAAGUCUCAGUGCUGUUGGGUCCUGCCGAGCCCGUGGACCUGACUUAUGGCAGCAUCGACGCCACAUCUCUCUUACACCCUGUUCAUCUCUUACGAUAUCGACAGCCUACCCUCACAGUGCCUGUAUCAUCAUCAACCAAGGCUUUCCUAUUGAUAAUGCAGCUUUCAG